CAAAUAAGCCUCUAACACCCGACCCAUCUAUGUAAGGCAAAUGCCAAAAAUCAGAAGAGCUGUCCUCCCUGAAGUUGAAGCCAACAAAAUGAAACCAACCCAAACCAAUCUGAAUUGAUAUAUUCUUUAUACAGACUAGAAAAGAACUGACGCGGAGAUUGACAGGUUAAUUGGGGAGAUCUGAGAAAUGGCGCCUGUCUCGGCUUUAGCAAAGUAUAAGCUCGUAUUCUUAGGGGACCAAUCAGUGGGCAAAACAAGCAUCAUCACUCGCUUCAUGUAUGAUAAAUUCGAUAACACCUACCAGGCUACAAUUGGUAUUGAUUUUCUAUCAAAAACCAUGUAUCUUGAAGAUCGAACUGUUCGUUUGCAGUUGUGGGAUACAGCUGGACAGGAAAGAUUCAGAAGUCUCAUCCCAAGCUACAUCAGAGAUUCCUCAGUUGCUGUCAUUGUGUAUGAUGUUGCAAGCAGGCAAACUUUCUUGAACACAUCAAAAUGGAUUGAAGAGGUUCGCACUGAGAGGGGCAGUGAUGUGAUCAUCGUCCUUGUUGGAAAUAAAACUGACCUUGUGGACAAAAGGCAAGUCUCUGUAGAAGAAGGAGAAGCUAAAGCUCGCGACCUUAAUGUCAUGUUUAUAGAAACUAGUGCAAAAGCUGGUUUUAAUAUUAAGCCAUUGUUCCGGAAAAUAGCUGCUGCCUUACCAGGCAUGGAAACACUUUCUUCAACUAAGCAAGAAGACAUGGUUGAUGUGAAUCUGAAGUCAAGCAGUGGAACUGCAUCACAGUCUCAGGCUCAGUCAGGUGGAUGUGCCUGUUGAUGCGUGGAAAAUUUGGCAUACCAAUUCUCUGAUUUUGUUUCCAUAAGAAUUUUGAACAAUUUUCAUUUAGUUUACUUCCCUUUUUUCUUGCUGCUCUUCCUGUUUGCUGGAGAUUUUGGGAUUAAAAAAAAAAGGAAAGUGGCUGAAGCACUAGGAGUAGAAAAAGCUGCGAUUCAUUCUGUGUUUCUUGGGCUGUCCAUAGUUUUUGAUGCAGGUGCGGUUUUGGUUUUAGUUUGAGGUUUGCCUAGAAACCGAAAUUGACCUGAAAUUUGAUAUAAUUUCAAUUUGGUCUUCCAAUGAUUCAGUUUCAAUUUGAUUCA